AUACUCGUGCCCCCGAGCUCGAUCGUCUUGGUCACAAUGUUGGGGGGGUUAGGUCACCAGGUCCCGCGCGCCCAUAAAUGAGAGCAUGCAUCGGGGGGAGAAUGAUAUAACUGCUGUCUCGGUACCCCCAUCGACCGCAGAGGCGCAGCUAGCUAGCUAGCUCACAAAUCACCGGUCAAGGCCAAAUUGACACACACUUGCACGCGAGAAGCGCUAAGCUAGUUUGCUAGCUUCCGCCGGCAGAUCGGGCAUGGCUUCGAGAGGGGAGGAGGAGGCGGCGUUGGCGGCGCCUCUGCUGCAGGCGCACGGCGGAGAAGAAGAGGGGAAGAGCAGCAGCAGCAGGCAGCGGCGGGUGGCGCGUGAUUGGUGGGUGGAGUCGAAGCUGCUGUGGCGGAUCGUGGGGCCGGCCAUCUUCCAGCGGGUGGCGCUGUACGGGAUCAACGUCGUGGCGCAGGCCUUCAUCGGCCACAUCGGCGACCUCGAGCUCGCCGCCUUCUCCAUCGCCUCCACCGUCGUCGCCGGCUUCAACUUCGGAUUCCUGCUGGGAAUGGCGAGCGCGCUGGAGACGCUGUGCGGGCAAGCGUUCGGGGCCAAGAAGCACCACAUGCUGGGCGUCUACCUGCAGCGGUCAUGGGUGGUGCUGCUCAUCUUCGCGGCGGCGCUGACGCCGACGUACAUCUUCAUGGAGGACCUGCUGCUGCUGCUGGGCCAGAGCCCCGAGCUGUCGAAGCUGGCCGGGAAGAUGAGCGUGUGGCUGAUCCCGCAGCACUUCGCCAUGGCGAUGCUGCUGCCGCUCACCCGGUUCCUGCAGAGCCAGCUCAAGAACUGGGUCACCGCGGUCACCGCCGGCGUCGCUCUCGCCAUCCAUGUCGUUGUGACGUACCUUCUCGUGCACCGCUUCGAGCUCGGGUUCGUCGGGGCUGUCGCGGCGGCGGACAUGGCGUGGUGGCUCGUCGUGUUGGGGCAGCUGUUUUAUGUGGUUGGGGGUGGGUGCCCGCUGUCGUGGAAGGGGUUCUCCAUGGAGGCCUUUGCUGACUUCUGGGACUUCAUCAAGCUCUCCACUGCCUCUGGUGUCAUGCUUUGCUUGGAGAACUGGUACUAUAGGGUGCUGGUGUUGCUCACGGGGUACCUGCAGAACGCUGAGAUCGCCGUGGAUGCGCUCUCCAUAUGCUUGACGAUCAACGGAUGGGAGAUGAUGAUCCCUCUAGGUUUCUUGGCAGCUACUGGGGUGCGGGUGGCGAACGAGCUCGGCGCGGGCAGUGGCAAGGGCGCACGCUUCUCCAUCGUCGUGUCAAUCACCACCUCCGUGUUGAUCGGCCUCGUCUUCUGGUGCCUCAUCCUCGCCUACAACGAUCAGAUCGCGCUCCUCUUCUCGUCGGGCAAGGCCGUGCUCGCCGCCGUCCACAACCUCUCCAUGCUGCUCGCCUUCACCAUCCUCCUCAACAGCGUGCAACCUGUCCUUUCAGGCGUGGCUAUUGGUUCAGGAUGGCAGGCACUGGUCGCCUACGUGAACAUCGGAUCCUACUACUUGGUUGGAGUACCAAUCGGCAUCAUAUUGGGUUGGCCACUGGGCUUCGGAGUUCGGGGAAUUUGGUCUGGAUUGAUUGGUGGAACGGCUGUUCAGACGCUGGUAUUGGCCUAUCUCACCAUGAGAUGUGAUUGGGAUGAAGAGGCAAAGGUAACCAGUGCACGGAUGAAAAAAUGGGCCAGCACAAAGUGAAGCUAAUCAACAAUAUUUUUGAGGUCGUAGUGGACAUUGAAGCCCAGCAGAAAGAUCAUCAAUUCUGGUCAAAACAAAAGAAAAUGACCCAAACAAAUGAACUGGUGGAAUCAGACAGUUCGGAAGAAAUUGUGGCCGGUGUUUCACUGGGGAGCUGCAGGCGGCCAGUUUCUGAAGACACCCGCCUGCCUGUCGAGGAAAUUCAGUGUCGUCCAAAAUUUUGGAGCAACAUUAUCUGAUCCUGCUUGUUUGUAAGCUUGCAACCUGCAUUUUGCAAGAAGGUUGUAGCAUGUAUAUACUAAGUGCCGUGUUGGUACGAAGUGUACUUAAUGGCUAACUAAGAGCAUGAUGAAAUGCCCAUAUUUGUCGGUAAGACUGUUAUUGAAAUUGUUUGUGUCCGAGCGGAAGUGACCGAGUUAGACUGAGUAUUGGUAAGUUAUUUGCAUUAGCAUACCAAGUUACUUGGUGCAUUUAAGUUGAAGAAAAACAGUUGACUGGUGCAUUUUUUAUUUAUGUUAUUUGGACCUGCUGUCAGUGUCGUAA